AUGCGGAUGCUUCUAGAGCACCCCCGUUCGGAUGCGGAGGAUCCCGGUGCUCGCAUUCAUGUCCGUAACAAGCUAGGGCUGACCGCAUUGCAUCUCGCUGCAGAGUGGGGAAGGGCAGAGGCUUGUCGCAUGUUGCUCGAGCGCGGCACUCUCGUCGACGAUACCGACGAAAAUGGAAACACCCCCCUACAUCUGAGUGCACAAAGCGGGGACUUGGACAUUAUGCGGGUGCUUCUCGAGCACCCCCGAGCGGAUGCGGAGGAUCCCGGUACUCGCAUUCAUGCACGUAAUAAGCGCGGGCAGACCGCAUUGCAUAGGGCUGCACAGUCAGGAAAGGCAGAUGCUUGUCGCCUGUUGCUCGAGCGCGGCGCCCUCGUCGAUGUCAUCGACAAAAACGGAAAUACUCCUUCACAUUUUGCGGCUGGGAUCCGGGGCUGGCCGCCAUCCCCGACUACCAUCCGCUUCCUCCUAGAGUAUCGUGCGAAGGAGGGCCUAGGAGGUCUACCGCGAGCUCAUAAACUCAGGAAUCGACUGCGUCGCCGCGGCGAGGACACCGACUCAGGCCACGGCGGAGAACCGUGGCUUGCCAUUCUCGAGGACUUUGCGUCGCAAAUCGAGCCGGUCGAAGUCAGCCUUGCCGACACGUGGUUCGUAGAUGUCUAG